AUGAGCCAAAUCGUAUCCAAUGGCGUCCCACAGAAUCCAGCCGUUGGCUUUAAAUCUCAGACUGCUGCUGUGGCUCACCUUCUUCGCAGCUUGUGCAAGUAUUGUGUUAACCCGAGCAGCGCGCCGUGCUCUCGCGUUUGUUUGCUCAAGAACCUCCAGGAUACGCUUUUGUGGGCUUCAUCUCAGGGAGAAUACUCGGAUAGUCCGUGGCAGUCUACUAGGCCCCCGGAGGCUAGCACCUGGUCGGACGAGGCCUCCGUCACUGACUUGGCGCUUGCUGGCAGUUUUAUAGCUUUCGAACGGGGGGCUUACAGGGGUGGAUACGGUGACAUGCUUGCCAAUCCAUGCAGCUCAUCUAAAGAUACUCGAGUUGGCUGGGUAGAUGGCGGGCGCUGCACGCAAUCUGUGUGUGGUGUAUGUUCAGCUGAGCUGUUGACGCGUCUCGAGCGUGCGGAGGACCAGUUGUGGUCAAACGUAGAGAAAGAUGAUGAGCUCGUGGCAGACUUGUUGAAGAUUCCGCUGCGUUCUUUUAUGACGAGCCAAAGGCAGGCUGACGCCAUCGAGCGCGUGCUGAAUGGGCUUAAGCGGAAAAUUGCAAUGUUCAAAUGGCAAUACAGAGAGCUCUUGGAGCUCAUCAGCUCCACAGCAGUCGGGAAUGCUGGUGUCGUGAGGGAGAGGCUGGGUAAGCUACGCAUGCGUUUGAGCGACACGCUGCGGAAUGUGUCGCUGAUCGCGUUGGAGGAGUUUGGGGUAUUUGCAAGUCGUUUGAAGUCUAAACCGAAGGAGCGUGUUCUUGUGGCACGGGAAUACGGGGCAGAAAUGGCACUGAGUAUGCACAGGGUGGAAACGAUGGCCAAGAAGUACAAACUGCUGUGCGAUGCACGCACGAAAGUAUUGGAGCGAAUGCAGAAUUGGGAUAAAGAGUUGACCUCUCAGUCGGUGCGAAUGUCCGAACGCGCAAUGGAGGAAAUACGAAUUCAAAUGGACAGUUACGCUAGUGCAGCAGGCUCGGCCAUGUCAGUGAAGGAGGCGGAGUUUACCCGGUUUGUUAAGACCUCCCGAAUGGAGGAACUGUAUUUUCAGUCGAUCAUUGAAGACUGCAUACAUCAGUUGAACACGAAAGGCGUCGCCGUCAUAGAUGUGAGCAAAGCGUGGGACCCAACUAACCCAGGUGUCCUCACGGCAGUUGGACGCAUCAGCAAAAUUAUUGAGGCUAUUUCCGCACUCAACGACUCAUGGUCAAUCUACCCCGCGUUUGUGCACGUGGACGAGCAGGACACCAAGUACCCAGGAGGUUCAAGCCGUUUGCAGCUACAGCCCUCAGUGCGCACCAUUCAAGCAGCAGUGGAACCACUGUUUCAGGAACCGGGCUUAUCUCAAUACUGUGUGAUCUCGAUUAGUCAGCUACUAACCCGCAGCGUUGUGGCUUCAGCAAAUGUUGCGGGGAUGGCCGUUUCACCAAUCUCUGUCUUCGUCUCGACGGAACCCGCAGUUGUCUCCUCGGCCAAGCACUUUGGAUUUCACUUCACGAGAAGACUCGCACACUUGGGGGCCUCGGACUUCAGUAUCACCAGCGAGAAUCAAAAGGUUCUUAUCGCCUAUUUGGGGCAAACUCCAUUAGGAGAGUAUAAAGGAAACGAGACGCAUUUGGGUUGGCUCUCUCAGUUGGGGAGCGCAAUAGUGUCAUUCCUGUCGUAUGAUGCAUCAGGACCCUAUGAGCUCCUCAAGCUGCGGUCCCAUGUGAAAAGCGAGCUCGCUUAUGUGGCGGCGAUUGAGCGUAACACGAACACCAGACUGCUGUCUGAAGCACUGACUGAUGGCUAUGGUGCGCUGCUAGCGGACGGAGUCUCAGAUCUCGGAUAUGUAAAACUCUUCGAGAGACAUAAUACCGCAGUCUUUGUUGGCAUCACCAGGCUCCCCCCCUUGCAGUUGCCACUCUCUUCCUUCCUCAGAGCGGCUGCGUUCAUUAUGCGCAUUGAGGUGGCGCGUUCGAAGUAUGGGCAACGGGAGUACGUGGUGCCAUCACGAGAUACAGUGUUACAGGCCCUGACGCACUUGUUUCUCUACCCAGUGAUCGGUGAUGCUCAGGCAUUGGUACGGACGAAGCUGUGGAGCGAUACACGUUUCCCCUUACUGCGAGUGAAGUCAGGGUGUUCCCAAAGCUACCUUGUUACCUCCCAGAAGCAGAUUCUGUUAGGGAGAGAUCACAUAGCAGAUCUUAGGGGCCAGCAUCUACACAGGGACUCGAUGGUAGCCACGCUCACCUCGUAUGUAUCCACUGACUUUAUCCCACAGAAUAUCGAAGCGUUCAGAGAAAAAUUAGAUGGACGCAUCUUGUACGUCCAGGUUUGUAUUGUUGGAGAACAGUGUGGAUAG